AUGCCGGAUGAAGCACCUACCCCACCUGCUAAUGUAUCUUUUGCCCAUGUCUCUUCACAAGUCCAAAAAGAUAAGUCUGUAUAUCCCGAUAUUGAAGAACUGAAACAACAUAUGAAGGAAUACGUUGACAGUAAAUUUGAGUAUCUUGUGAAUUUGAUAAAGGCAAACCACUCUGAGAUGAUGAAUUCUAGGAAUAGGGAGGACGACAAACAACCAAAGGUAUUGUGUUGUAUAUCUGAUUUGGGCGGCAAGUCUACGCCGUGCAUUGUUGAAGUUUCCGGUAAAGAAGUCAAUGAUGGACAUCAAACAAGUACCUGCAAGUUUGAUCAACAACCAACCUCACCGAUACAGAUGGAUUUUGCCAUUAAUGACCAAGACAUUGGUGUAUCAGAUUUUGAUGUUGAAGAUCAGACUGAGGAUACAUUGAAGAAUCAUCAAGAAAUGAAGGAAGUUUUAGAACUUCAAUCAUCAGAUGCAAAUGUUCAUCAUACUGCAGAAACAACUGAGCAUAAGAAGGAUUCUACAACAUCUGGUACAAUAUCAUCUGAAACUCGAGAAGGCAUGCAUACACUUAUUGUUGAUCUAGGAAGAUUGCCUAUUCCUGUUAAACCAGUUAGUGCAGCAAAUCCACAUGAGUUAACCAAUAGCCAAAUUUUACUUUCGGACAGUCAAUUACCCACUGAUAUUCCAAUCACAAAGAUUGUUGUCCGACGUAAUACAAUUACUCCUCUUGCACAUAUCAGGAUGCCUUCAAAAAUCUGCAAAUCUCCUUAUUUGACUUCAUUUGGGUCAAGUGAAAAAGGAAAAGAGGUCACGGAGGAUGUAAUCCGUCCAGAUUUUCCAUUUGAAGGUUGUGAGAUCACAAAUCAAGCCCCGUCAUAUCUGAUUGAUGAGUUUAUUCAGUGGGUUACUACAGGUCUUCUCAAAACACAUGCCAAAAAGAAACCAACAGAGGAUAAGUACAGAGCAAAAGCCUCUUCUUUAGGUUUUGAAAUGAUGGAUUAUGUUGUUGCAUUUCCGUCCAAUAAAAAUUGGUUCUAUGCCAUGUCCCAGCCCAAAAACUGCUGGACUGAUCAGCACCUGGAUGUUGUUUUUUACUAUCUUCGUAAAAAAUCAAAACUUCGCAGCAUGAAUCAAUACAGAUACACAACAGUCAAUUGUUUGUUCAGUUCACAUAUCAACAAUACCCAUGAAAGGUAUUAUAACAAUGUGGCUGAUGAUGAUAUUAGUACCCAAGAACACAUUGAUCGUGCUGUAGCUGUAUCUGUACAUGAGAGGUCAAUAGCCAACGUCAUGAAAGGAUUUUCAAUACCAGCUGCAUUACCAUGGCAUCUUGUGGACGAUGUUUACAUUCCGGUUAAUUGUGAUGGAAAGUUCCAUUGGGUGUUAGCUGUUGUUGAAUUGAAUCGGAGGUUGAUACGCGUGUAUAACUCUUCUAUAGGUACAAGGAAACAACAACAUUAUGAGGAGAUAAAAAAGUUGUCAAGGAUGCUACCUUCUUACCUCCUUGACAGUGGUUUCUUUGAAAAAAAUGAGCGGACAAUCUGGCCAGAACUUGAUGCAUAUAAGGACAAACAAACUGGUACACUUUUGGAGUCACAUGUUCCUUUCAAUAUUGAAUACGUUCAAGGCAUCAUGCAACAAGAAGAGGAUAGCAUGGACUGCGGGUUAUAUGUAGCUACAUUUGCAGAGUUUUUGAGUGACCAACUUGUUAUACCACCUGAUAUUGAUGGCCAUCUACCAAAUUAUCUUCGCAAUAGAUAUGCAGCAUUGUUGUGGAGAUACGACAGCGACAAGUUCAAGGGUGGAUACAUAAGUGAGAAUGACGAUCCACCAAAGCCUAAGGGUCAAUUCACAACACCAACUGAACAAGAUUUCGUUAACAUAGAUUAG